ACUCUGCUAUUACAAAGUUUCGAAACAUAGUUCAAAUUGAUUGACCAAUAGUGUCCGCUUGUUUCAGCCUUGCCGUUGGGGUUUGCACCUGCUUUGUAACUCCGCAGCUGCUUUGUGAGAUGCUUGCUGACCGAUGAGUCGCUGUUGGGGGUAAGCGCGAUGAAGUGUUCAGUAACCUCCGCAGAGCUUUGCCCAGCAGUUUGUAAGGUGAGAAGUGGGGGAAGGGAUAAAUAUGGCUUGAUGUCCUUGGGAGAGUGCUCAUUAUCAGCUUUACAUUCACCAUCCAGACGAUCUGCAGUUGCACCCCUCCGUUGCUAACGGUUCGACACCUUCCAAGCUAGACAUAUCAAACCCAAGAAAUUUGAUUGUCUGCAUCGCGAUUGCCUAUCAAACAAGAUGUCUGCUCUCGUUCGAGACGCUCCCUUCGGGCAAAUAGUCCGAUACAUCACCAACAACCACGUGUUUCAAUACCCAGAAGAGCGAUCGGACUUCCAGAUUCCGGCUGCAUACACGCGACAUACAAAGCUAGAAGCAAAACAAUUCGACAGCAACACAAAGCCCGAAUCCAUCACCGAGUCUGAAGGCCCCGCUGUGGAAGAAGUCGUUUAUCCCGAUCCAGAGACUGUGCUCGAGAAGGUCGACACGCACAGCGAGGAUGAGAACAUAUCAGACCUUGAGAAGCUCCAGACGAUACGCACAGAGCGCACAGUGCGCACGCAAAUUUCCCGUGUUGGCACACGAACAGCACUUUCGAAGUCCAUCUCGCGCGCCGAUCUUGAGCAGCAGUUCAGCUUAGCAUCAGUCGAACGCGGACCCAGUCGCCCAAUAGCUCCCGAGACAAGGGAUGAUGGUACAAUCCUCGUCGACUGGUACACAACAGACGAUCCAGAGAAUCCGCAAAACUGGCUGUUCGGCAAGAAGUUGGUGGUGCUCCUCCAGAUCCUCAUGUACACCAUGGGCGUCUACAUGGGCUCAGCUAUCUACUCUCCCAGCAUACCGGGCGUGAUGGAGCGUUUCGGUGUCGAGAUCGGAGCCGCUUCGCUCGGUCUGUCGAUAUAUGUGCUGGCCUACGGCAUCGGUCCGCUACUCUUCUCUCCGUUGAGCGAGAUCCCCAUCAUCGGCCGUAAUCCACCAUACAUCAUUUCGUAUGCGAUCUUCGUCGUCCUACUCGUCCCAACCGCACUCGCGGAGGACUUCAACACACUCAUCGCGCUCCGCUUCCUGCAAGGCUUCUUCGGCUCACCGUGUCUCGCGACCGGCGGCGCGACACUCCAGGACAUCUACUCGCUGCUGCAACUGCCCUACGUUCUCUCCCUCUGGGCCUUCGCCGCCACAUGCGGACCCGCGCUGGGCCCCAUAAUCAGCGGCUUCAGCGUCACAGCCAAGAAUUGGCGCUGGUCGCUCUGGGAAAUACUCUGGCUCAACGGCCCCAUCUUCCUCUCGCUCUUCUUCCUCCUACCCGAAACCUCCUCCUCUACGAUCCUCCUCCGGCGCGCCCAGCGCCUGCGAAAACUGACUGGCAACCUUCACCUCAGAGCGCAGAGCGAGAUCGACCAGGCGAAUCUCACGCCUCGCGCAAUCGCGACCGAAGCGCUGUGGCGCCCAUUUGAGUUAAUGCUCUUGGAUCCCAGCAUCGCAUUCACCGCCGUGUAUACAGCCAUCAUCUACGGGAUAUUUUACUCGUUUUUCGAAGCCUUCCCGCUCGUGUACAUCGAUGUGUACCAUUUCAAUCUCGGCGAGAUGGGCCUCACAUUCCUGUCCGUCACAAUCGGCGUCAUCCUGUCGAUCGCUUGGUACUGGUUCUACAUCUACCACUUUGUGAACCCUAGCAUCCUGGCCCAUGGUCUCGGUGCGCCGGAACGGCGUCUCAUUCCCGCGCUGGUGGUGACGUUUUUCGUGCCUGUCGGGCUGUUUAUUUUCGGCUGGACGGCGCGCGAAGAUGUCCAUUGGAUCGUGUCUUGUAUCGGUAUUGUGAUCACGACUAUCGGUAUCUUCCUUAUUAUCCAGUGUAUAUUCCUCUACCUCCCGUUGUCGUACCCGCAGUAUGCUGCGAGUCUGUUCGCCGGCAACGACUUCACGCGCUCGGCUCUGGCAGCGGGCAGCAUACACUUCAGCUACCCCAUGUUUCACAACCUCGGUGUGGACAAGGGAAUCACGCUGCUGGCAGGAUUGACGGUGGGAUGUAGUGUGGGUGUGUAUGUGUUGUACUUCUACGGCGAGAAGUUGAGGGCUAGGAGCAGGUUUGCUGCGAAAUAGAUGGAAAUAACGUGAGGAUGGAUUGCCAACGAGAGUUGAACGAGGAUUUUUUGCAUAGUCUUGGAGUUUAGGUUAGGCAUAG